AUCAGACACUAAAGUGAGGGAACUUAGAAAUGUACUUGGUAACAAAUGUGUACAACACUCUGCCCACUCAUAUAUAGCUCGCACUUUAUAUGUUGAAAGUAUUGUUAGUCACCCAGAAGGUGCUACUAAUUAUACUUUUCUACAAACUGCUGAGAGGAUGAAAAAAUUCGGAAAUCUGUUUUUCCACCUACACCUAAGAACUUGAACCACUUGAAUGAUUUGUUACUAUUAGAAAAUAAUAGACAUUUCACUAUGACAUUUCAAACACCAGAAAGUUUAUUCUAUCAAGGACCGCUGAUGGUUGAUGGCACAAUUGUGGCUGUAUUGUUUUGCAAUAUUAAAUAUAUUGAAAACAUAAAAAAUGAAUUAAAAAAUGUAAGAAUAGCCGGCUGUGACGGUACUUUUAAAACGGUUCCAAAAACUAUUGAUGGGGAUUGUUAUCAACUUUUUACUUUUCAUAUGAUAUAUAAAAAUAUUAGUUUCCCGAUGGUAUAUGCUUUACUAACUGGUAAAACAGAAGUUAUUUACAAGGAGCUGUUUCAAUAUGUCCGUCAUGCUUUACCCUUGCAAUAUGAUAAAUUGACAAUAAUUGCGGAUUAUGAGAUAUACCAGAUAAAUAGUAUUGCAUUAGUAUUUCCGGAAAGUACCCAUCAAGGUUGCUAUUUUCAUUAUUGCCAGUCCAUUUUAAGACAUAUGAGGAAUAAACAAAUACAAAUUUAUAACCUAGUAAAGGUGAAUCCUAUUGCAGCUCAAAUUUUUAGGAUGAUACUUGCUUUACCUUAUCCAGGUAAAGUAUUCCAGGCAGUAUUCCAAGUAUGUUGGAUGGAUUCAAUGCUAUUAUAAUAUACACGGUUCAACAUCAAGAAGUACCGAAUACCAUAGUUUUUUGUAUGACUAUGUUUUUGGAUUCUGGUUUGUUAGAAUGCGUCCUGAAAAAUGUACAGU